AUGGCGGCCACCAAUUCCGCCAUGGAGGAAGAGCUGCAGCGACUGUCUGCCUGUGCUGUUGUGGCCUGUCUGUGCAGGGAGCGGGACGACGUCGAGCCAGAGGCGGUCAAGCGGAUGCUCUGCUCCAAGCUCGGCGUCCUGGACAACGACAUCAAGGUGACGCGCCACCGACCAGAGGACUUCCUCAUCGUCUUCGAACAUCAGCACCACCGCAACGCGGCUCUGGAACUGCAGCGGCCCCAAGUCGGCAACAUCGUCAUCCACAUCUUGCCAUGGCGCAUCCUCCCCUACAGCAACCUCAUCCAGCUGCGCCACCACGUCCGCAUCUGCCUCGAGAGGAUCCCGGCGCAUGCCUGGAACGAGAGCAUCGUGAAGAGGGCCAUUGCAAGGGCCUGCGACAUCGACUACGUGGAAGCGCGCUCCAAACGCCGCGACGACACCAGAGCACUCUGCCUUUGGGCGUGGACAUACGACCCCUCUGACAUCCCAAAGGUAUCUUGGCUUACACUGACAGGAAGCUCGGCGACGGUACAUGAAGGAGUUGCUCCACCACGAGGACGUAGUGGCCUCACCUUCAAGGUGCUGGUCCACCUUGACACCGUGGAGCCCCCACCGGACGAGUACGACAACUCCACCCCGAGGAAGAUCGACUGGCACUAUAGCGUCGUUGACGGGGAACGUGCCCCGCGCGAGCGCCACGAUCCCCAGUCUGAUGCCAGGCGUGACCGGCGCCGCGACGACGACGAUGAUGACGGGCGCGGACGCCGCAGCGACAAGAGGAAUGGCUGGGGAGCCAGGAUGUUCCGUAGCCUCUCCCGCGCGCUAGACAAGAGCAGGGAGCAGGAAUGUUCAGAGUCACGCCACAGCCGUCGAUACGAUGCCUCUUCUUCGACGGGAGGAUGGCGCCGCCAAGCUGCCGCCGCCUUCCCCCCACGUGCCUCAUAG